ACCUUUGAGCCCUUCUUCACCCACAAUGGCCACCUUGCCUUUACUAUUAUGAAGCCCCAAACUAAUUCACCCAAUUUAUCACCUACUUGCAACCAAACAACCACUAACCCACCUCCAGCAAAAAAAUACAAGAAAAACACAAAUGACAAAGAUGAUAUCCAAAUGGAUUAUUCACUUGCAACUUUCUCCACUACCGCUUCUUCACUACAAUUACAAAAAAACCGGGCAGAGGACCCUGCCCUAAUUACUAUGGGAAAAACUGCUGAUCUUCCCACACCGAUCACCAAAACAAACAACAAACCCGAUCUGAUCCAAGUUAAUACAACAACAGAUCUACAAACCCAGGACCACUUGGGUCCACCUAUAACUCCACAAACCAAUGAUAUAAUAAUGACCAAAUCUAAUCUACUUACUAUAGAUAAUAUUGCCCAACUAUCUGAUCAUACCUAUAAAGCCUUACAUAAUCAAUCUAUGGACACACAAUCUAAUACUACAAUCAAAUCCUCACCUCCUAAAUUCUAUGCACGAGCCCUAGCAGACAAUAACCAACCUAAGCCAAAACGGAAGUUUGCAGGUCAUAGGGACCUAGCAUGGUGCACUACAAUCCUCACAGAUUUAGCCUUACAAUGA